GCUGUUGACGAAUGAGAGCGGACUGUGGCUUAGCGCAUGCGCAGUAAAGAAGGGCCUAGGCUUCGCGGACAAUCCCAGCCGUCCUGACCGGCGUGCUAGUUUGAGGGAGAAGGAUUGAUAGGACCAAGAUGAGUUUGUUUGGGUCAACAUCAGGAUUUGGAACUGGAGGCACCAGUAUGUUUGGCAGCACUGCUACAGAUAAUCACAACCCAAUGAAGGAUAUUGAAGUUACUUCCCCACCUGAUGACAGCAUAGGUUGUUUGGCUUUCAGCCCACCAACAUUGCCGGGUAAUUUCCUUAUUGCAGGAUCAUGGGCAAAUGAUGUUCGUUGUUGGGAAAUCCAAGAUAACGGACAAACUAUUCCAAAAGCCCAACAGAUGCAUACAGGACCAGUACUAGAUGUUUGCUGGAGUGAUGAUGGAAGUAAAGUAUUCACAGGGUCCUGUGACAAAACAGCCAAAAUGUGGGAUCUUAACAGUAAUCAAGCAAUACAAAUCGCACAGCAUGAAGCUCCUGUAAAGACAGUCCAUUGGAUUAAAGCACCAAAUUAUAGUUGUGUGAUGACUGGAAGUUGGGAUAAAACAUUAAAGUUUUGGGAUACACGAACCCCCACUCCAAUGAUGACGCUGCAGCUGCCUGAACGAUGCUAUUGUGCCGAUGUGAUAUAUCCCAUGGCUGUUGUUGCUACUGCAGAAAGGGGCUUGAUAGUUUAUCAGUUAGAGAAUCAGCCUUCUGAAUUUAGAAGGAUAGACUCUCCACUUAAACAUCAGCAUCGCUGUGUGGCUAUUUUCAAAGACAAAGUGAACAAACCAACAGGCUUUGCCCUUGGAAGUAUCGAAGGAAGAGUUGCCAUUCAUUAUAUUAACCCACCAAAUCCCGCCAAAGACAACUUUACGUUCAAAUGCCAUCGAUCCAAUGGUACAAACACAUCUGCACCUCAGGAUAUCUAUGCAGUAAAUGGGAUUGCUUUCCAUCCUGUCCAUGGCACUCUUGCAACUGUGGGGUCUGAUGGCAGAUUCAGUUUCUGGGAUAAAGAUGCACGGACAAAGCUAAAAACAUCUGAACAGCUAGACCAGCCAAUAUCUGCUUGCUGCUUCAACCAUAAUGGCAACAUAUUUGCAUAUGCUUCUAGUUAUGACUGGUCAAAGGGGCAUGAAUUCUAUAAUCCCCAAAAGAAAAACUAUAUUUUUCUGCGCAACGCUGCUGAAGAACUAAAACCUAGAAAUAAAAAGUAAGGCAAAAUCCUUGCAUUAGAUCAAGAGACAAUAGUUGCAUCUUUUAAAGGUACUUAACAGUUUGAAAAACAUAUUAUGCAGAAAAUCUGAAACACCCCCCCCCUUUUUCCCCCUUGAUGGAGGUAAAAGAAAGGCUAACAACUGGGAUCAAGGAAAUAAACCUAAAAAGACAGCUGUGAUUGAAGACAUUUUGUAUAUUUUGUUGUUAUAUUUAUAGGUCACCUUUCUAUUUCAAUAAAAACUCAAGGCAAUGAUUUUUCUUUUUAUAAUGGAAAUGUACAAUUUAAUAUUAAACUACUGUCCACUUAGAACAAAAUAAUGUGUUCUUAUUUUUCUCCUGUAUGCAUUAUUUUUCUACCUAUGAACGUGAACAAUAAAUUUGUGAUUAAAAAUCCCAAGCUAGACCAGGCCUAUAUAUUUGAAAUGAGGGCAAUUCCUGCAUGCAACCAUAACUUGAAAACUUUAAGCAAUGCGUUAAAGGAUAAUUAUUGGCCUUGAGGCUCUGUAUCAUGUAGAAGCACCAUAUGAUACCGUAUAUCUUUGUGAAAUUUUAAAAUUUAGAAUCCUGCCUUCCAUUUCCAUGGGUCUGUAUUAAGUGACAGGGACUGAGUGAACAGGACAAAUGUUAACAUUGUAUUGUGCCCAUACUUAUGGUAUCAACAAAAAAUGAAGGACAGUGUUUUAGAUUGACGAAUACCUUCUGUGACUCAGUUGCAUAUGAUUAUUUCUGUAAACCAAUCUGUGCCCUAACAGACUGUAGAUACAGGGAUGUCCGUCCCCCCCAAAUAAUAUUACCAAGUAUUACCAAAUAUUACCAACUGUUUUGCCCUCAGCAUUUUUAUGCCAAUUCCAACAUUAUCAAGCAUGGGAAUCAAAUCAGAAUACCACCAAAUAAAAAUGGUUUGAAGACUUUUAUAAUGUUACUCCAGUUGAGGUUUAUUUUUAUUUCGGAAUCUUCUGUGUGACUGCCAAGGGACUGUUUUUUCAAGGUUGAUGCUAUGGCUAUUUAUAAUGAAUGGGAGCAAAACAUGAUUGUAGAACUUGUAUAUUAUGAUAUUUCUGUCAAUUCAAUCUCUGUAAGUUGGUAUGUUGUAAUAUUUGCUACAGUUUAAAUAAAACUGAUUUGAAUUAAAAUA